CAUCAAAGUAAAAUUAACAGGGUGGUAGUGAAAGGAAAUGGAAAUAUAUAUACAUAAAGCCUAAAAGGAGAGAUGAAUGGAUGAUGGAGUAACUCUAGUAUAGCUGUAGGUGAGUGACACUAGUACUCAUCAUCAUCAUCAUCGGUUGUUGUUGAUGUAUGACAAGACUAGCUAUUACCUAUCUCUUGCUAGCUAUAUAUCGCACUAUCUAGCUUCGAUCGAUCGAUCGAUGGGGAUGUGGGGUGUGUUAGUUCCUUCGUCUUCUUUCCGUUGUGCUGGUAUAUAUUCAUAUAUGCAUGCAAGGGCAUGGCAUGGUGGCCACAAUAUACUCUAGUUAAGUCGUCGUCGUCGUCGUCUUCUUCUUCAAUACUAUAUACAUAUAAUCCCUGUCCGGCCGGCCUGAUUAAUCUCCUCUGGAAUUAAUAUGGAGAUCUCUUGCUAGCGAGAUAUAUAGCGUCGAUCGACCAUGUGUGACAGCUUGUUUUGGCAGUCGUCGGCCGACCAAGGGGACCUCUCGGAUGUGGUGAGGGCCAGCCUUCAGCUGCAGACGGCGCCUCGCCAUCAGGCUGCAUCGCCGCCGUAUGUGCACCUCUUAGGAGGAGGAGGAGGAGGAGGAGAAGACCAGCUUGCAGCAGUGAGCCAACACGCUGAGCAGCAGCAGCAGAGCAUGGUGGAUGCUUCUGCAGCUUGCGACCUUCUCCAUGCGCUGUUGCCACCACCACCAGUAGUGCAGGUGCAGCAGCAGGGAGCGUCGAGGACGAGGACGACGAUUGAGGAGGACACCACCGGCGACGGCGAGGAGUUAUUUGCUGGUGCUCAUUAUGUCGUUCCGCCCAUCAAGCGAAGGAAGAGCCAGACGAAGAAGGUGGUGUGCAUCCCGGCGGGGGCGAGUGGCGGCGGCGGCGGCGAGGUGGUGCCGUCGGACCUGUGGGCGUGGAGGAAGUACGGGCAGAAGCCCAUCAAGGGGUCGCCCUACCCUCGCGGGUACUACCGCUGCAGCAGCUCCAAAGGUUGCUCCGCCCGGAAGCAGGUGGAGCGCAGCCGCGCCGACCCCACAAUGCUCGUCGUCACCUACACCUCCGACCACAACCAUCCAUGGCCAACCCACCGCAACGCCCUCGCCGGCUCCACCCGCCCCUCCUCCUCCAACUCAUCCAACAUACGCCUCCAAGACAGUACUCCAGUUCAUCAUCAGAGUCAGACUGGCCACGAUCGUCUUACGACCACUCACCUCAAGCAGGAGGACGUGAUCAUCUCCCCCUCCCUGCUGCAGCCCGACCACCAUCAGCUGUGUACCAUUAUUGACACCAAGCACCACCUCUUGUUUCAUCAAGACUAUCCUCACAGCUUCGGCUUGUUCGACUAGCCACACUUUCUUGUAAGCUACUAGUAGCUAGCUAGCUACUUUACCAUCUAUAUAUAGCCUAAUGUAAGCUAGCGUACGUGCUUAAUUACUUGUUACAGAGCACGCCACAAUUGUUAGUUAAAAUGUUACUCCCUCCCGUCACAAAAGGAAUAUCGUUUAGAAUGCCUCCACAUUGCACAAUCAUGUGAUGAUUAAUCUUGGUGAUGAACAAUUAUCAAAGUAAAGUAUUUAUUUAAAAUACAGUGAAUAGUUUUUUUUA